AAAAUCCAAUUUAGUUAGGGGCACAGAUUUUAUUUCAAGAUUUCAGGUAUACAAUAAAGAAAAGUUUGGCUUGUUUUUUGUCACUACUAGGAAGUAGGAACCAACCAAACCAUUUUCUUGGCCUUUGUUAGCACUUAUUAUGAUUGCAUAUUUGCCUUGCAGAGUUGCUGCUGGGCUACACAACUUCUUGUUUUCUACCCUUUGUAGAGUGAAGAAAGAACCACAAUCACUUGUUUCAAACUGUAAACCCUCCAAAGACUUCUCCUUUUUGGAACUUCUUGGCCCUUUUCACGAACGCCGCAACUGAAAACCCAAAUUCAGAGAGGGUGAAAGAGAUGGAGGAAGGUAGAAUAGAGAUGGUGUUGGCCAGAAUAACAGAAUUGAGGUCGAAGAUCACUAAUUGCAUUGCUGCUGAUAGAACGGAAGGAAGAGAAUUAAGGAAAGGAGGCGCUGAAAUGGAUUCAGGAGAUGAAGUAUCGGAUUGCCUUUUGAGUAUCAGAGAUGCUCUUGAAAAGCUUGAAGUCCUAGUUUCUUCUUUGCAGGCACUGCAUCAGCAACAGCUAUAUGAAAAAGCUGAAGCCUUUGCCGGGAUAGCCUAUUCCCAAGAGAAGUUGCUCAAGAAGCUGAAGGAGUACAAAGGGGAUAACUUGGACAUUAUAAACGAGGCAAUUGCUUUUGUCGGUGAAACUGUGGAAGAAAGUAAUGAUCUCCUGCUCCCUCCAUAUCCAACCCAACCUUACCCUCUAGUCUCGGACAAGCUCUAUCCUUCAUAUCCCCCUUCCUCACACAUGCUUUCUCAAAAUGGGGCGAUAAAUGGAAGCCAACCGCAUCAAUUGACAAAGGAUCUCCAUCAAGAAGAGGCAAAAAGUCCAUCGAGAAUGGUAACGUGUUUUAUUGGUGUAGCUGCCAGGACAGCAUUGACUGUUGUUGGGCUAAUAUCUGUUCUAACUCUCGCUGGUUUUGAGCCUCGGCUUAAGAAAAGAGAUAACUGCCUCAAGGCUACGAAUCCGUUUCAACUGUUUGGGAUCGACAAGAAAGGAAGGAAUGCCACAUGCCCUCCUGGAAAGGUGCUCGUGUUUGAAAAUGGCGAAACUCGAUGCGUUGUAAGGGAGAGGGUUGAAGUUCCAUUUCACUCUGACGUCGCCACACCAGAUGUGAACCAUGGUUGUGGAUGAAAUGUUAUUCUUUUUCUUCCGCGAUUUGUAAACGAUGAUUUCAUUUUACCUUGCUUAGUGAAGUGUGAUCGAUUUCUGAAUAUCAUCAUCAUGUAUAUAGUUAUUUCAUAAACUGAGAUGGGAUCAUGGGAGAUAUGAACAAUCUUACAGCAAGAAACAUUGGCUUCUUCAUCUUCUCCUAUGUUGUCUUU